AUGGCCAACCACACCCAAAAGACCUACACUCUCAACACUGGCGACAAGAUCCCCGCCAUUGGUCUGGGAACCUGGCAAUCCAAGCCCAAUGAGGUCCGUGUUGCUGUUAAGGAUGCCCUUCUGAAGGGUUACCGUCACAUUGAUACCGCCCUGGCCUACGGCAACGAGGCUGAGGUUGGUGCUGGUAUCCGUGACUCCGGUGUGCCCCGCGAGCAGAUCUGGCUCACCACCAAGCUGGACAACACCUGGCACCACUGUGUCGAGGAUGGAAUUGCCUCCUCGCUGAAGGAUCUCGGUGUCGACUACAUUGAUCUCUACCUUGUCCACUGGCCCAGCUCCACCGACCCCGAGGACAAGUCCAAGCACCUCCCCGACUGGAACUUCAUCAAGACCUGGCAAGAGAUGCAGAAGCUCCCUGCCACCGGCAAGGUCCGCAACAUCGGUGUCUCCAACUUUGGCAUCAAGAACCUCGAGAUCCUCCUCAACGACCCUUCCACCAAGAUCGUCCCCGCCCUGGUUGCCUACAACACCUCCAAGGGCAUUCACUCCACCGGUUACUCCUGCCUGGGCUCUACCAACUCUCCUCUGUACAAGGACGCUACCCUCCUCGAGCUCGCUGAGAAGAAGGGCAAGACUCCCCAGCAGGUCCUGCUGGUCUGGGGUAUCCAGAAGGGCUGGAGUGUCAUCCCCAAGUCCGUCAGCAAGUCUCGCAUUGACGGCAACUUCGAGAUUGACGGUCUGACUCUCUCCGAUGAUGAAGUUGCUCAGCUGGAUGGCCUGAAGGACCGCUUCAAGGUCUGCGGCGACGACUGGUUGCCCAUCAAGGUUUUCUUCGGUGAUGACGAGUAA